GCCUCCGGUGCUUCAGCCUCUCUCCUCCUCUCGAAACUGGGAAAGUGGCCCAGUCCUCCCCUGCAGGUUAAACUCCACCUGGGACGGCGCGCGGCCGCCAUUCAGCCGCGGCUCUGCGGAGGAAACGAUCCGGAGUCAACCCGGCGGAGGAGGAGGAGGACACGCUGAUCGGACUCGAUCUUGGUUGAAACCUGGAGAUUUUUUUCUCUCUCCCACUUUUCCGCGGGUCUCUUUGUUUUAGCUUGCGACACAUUUCGCUGCCGCCGCUUCCGGAUAACAACCAGCCUCCACACAGAAAAUCAAGAUGAAGACAUGGAGAUGACAUCGCUGACCCUGGAUUUUGGAUUCACAGCUCCAGCGUAUGCAGCUCUGAACAUGCAGAUGUAGACUUGUGAAGCACACCAGGCCCGAGUUUGUGCUGAGAUAAGAAGGCGCCGAUCUUUUCCCGGACACGGACGUUUGGACUGCCCCGUCUGAUAAUGGCCACCACAACAGAGACCAAAGUUUCCGGCAGCAGCGCGGGGCUGUCGUGGGCUCGGGUCUGCAAGGAGUGCGGCCAGCAGCACGAGGGCCCGGACAGCCACCUGUACGAGUACCAGGACGAGGUGGACGACGAACUGGUCUGCCACAUCUGUCUGCAGCCGCUGCUCAGACCCAUGGACACGCCGUGCGGCCACACUUACUGCUUCCACUGUUUGAGUAACUUCCUGAAGGAGCAGGACUUCUGCCCGGUGGACCGCCAGCGGCUGCAGCUGCACCAGUGCCGACCCUCCAGCCUGCUGGUCAGGAACCUGCUGGACAAGCUGGUUGUGACGUGCCCCCACUCCGCGGAGUGCCAGCAGCAGAUGCAGCGAUGUGAGCUGCAGCCUCACCUGCACAACAGAUGCCCUGUUUUUAAAAGACUCAGAGAGGAAGCAGAGAAGAGGAAGAGGCCCUCGUGGAAUGAAUUAAAGGGACGAAAGGGGGACGUGGAGUCGUCUGGGGACGCCAAGCACUCGGCGACUCCGUCUCGAAAUCACACCCGGGACCAGCCAGAGCCGGGACUGAUUAAUCCUGCCUUUGAGGAAAGUGAAGAAGACAACACCCCCCUGCGCUCCAGCCUGGUGGCGGAGGCCAACGUGGUGGAGCUGUUCCGAGACGAGCCGGAGGAGGAGCUGGGCCUCCGCAUCGUGGGGGGGAAAGACACGCCGCUGGGAAACAUCGUCAUCCAGGAGAUAGUGCGGGACUCGCUGGCAGCUCGCGACGGCAGGCUGGCCCCGGGGGACCACAUCUUAGAGGUGAACGACGUCAGUUUGGCGGCGGUCCCUCACUCCAGAGCCAUCGCGGUGCUGCAGCAGCCGUCCCUCCUCAGGCUCACCGUCAUGCAAGAGAAAGGUUUCAAAAUACGGGACCAGCGCUCCGACCACCACCCGUCCACUUCCAGCGCGCCCGGCGCCCCGCAGCCCUCCCUCGGUCCCCACGGCAACGCCGCCUCCAGCCACAACCCCGGCACGGUGCUGCAGGUGACGCUGAUGAAGAGCCAGCGCACGGAGCCGCUCGGCAUCAAGCUCAUCCGCAAGUCGGACGAGAGCGGGGUUUUCAUCCUGGACCUGCUGUCCGGCGGCCUGGCCGCCAAAGACGGAAAGCUGAGGAACAACGACAAAGUGCUGGCCAUCAACGGACACGACCUGCGCCACGGUACACCCGAGAGCGCCGCCCAGAUCAUACAGGGCAGCGAGGUGCGAGUGAACUUUGUGGUGAUGAGACCUGCAGAGGCUCCAGACGACGGGGGCAGCGGCAGAGCAGCCAGGAGGGCUCCAGAGCCGCAGUACUUCAGGCGCCGCUCCACCUACAUGAAGGAUCCUCCAGGUGGGUUUUCCAGUCAGGAGAAAACUGUGAGCCUGAAGAAGGAGCCUCGGCUCUCUCUGGGCAUCACCAUCGCCGGAGGGAGGGACUGCCGCAGCCGUCUGCCCGUCUAUAUCACCAGCGUGCAGCCUAUCGGCUGCCUGCACCGAGACGGCACCAUUAAAAGAGGCGACGUGCUCCUGAGCAUCAAUGGCGUGGAUUUGACCCAGCUGACCUACAACGAGGCCGUUUCCGCGCUGAAGGCCCAGACGGCUCAGUCGCAGGUGGUGCUCCGCGUCAUCCAGACGCUCUCCGAGGACCCGGAGGACGACGCCGACGCCGCCAACAAGGACGAGCUGGACCCCGCGGACGACCUCCGCGACGACGGCCUCAACUGGACGCCCCUGUGGACUCGCUGGCUGGGAUUACCCAGCCACAUGCACUGGUGCCGUGACAUCGUCCUGCACAAGACCAACAGCGAGAGCUGGGGCUUCAGCAUCGUCGGAGGCUACGAGGAGAGUCACGGCCAGCAGCCCUUCUUCAUCAAAACCAUCGUGCCUGGAACGCCGGCUCACUUCGACGGACGCCUCAAGUGCGGUGACGAGAUCGUGGCGGUGAACGGAGCGACCACGGUCGGAAUGAACAACUCGUCUCUGAUCCCCAUGUUGAAGCUGCAGAAGAACAAAGUCACGCUGACUGUGGUGUCCUGGCCGGGGAGCCUCGUGUGACGGAAUCAACCCCGCUCCCUUCCACGUCACCUCUGCACACACACACACACACACACACACACACACACACUGUGCUCAGUUGCAUUCUCCACUGCAAAACUUGCCAUUCAUUCUUUCACCGGUUUGGUCUCAUUCUUCCAUGACAGAUCGAUGUUACGCAGAACAUGCGUGAACUGGAAGAAUCAUCACAUGUACAGCAGAAAUGAUGUUCAGGUGUCACACCAGCUGGUUUCAGUUUGUGGUGCACACACGUUUCGAUCAGGGUACAAAGAAGAUGACAAUCAUACUGUUUUAUGCUGAGGACGAACUGGAAGGACUGUUGUUUUCAAACACCUUUUUAAUCCUGUUUUUAACCCGUCUGUAUAUUUACCUGUUCAACAUUGUGCUAUUUGAUGGUUUGAUUCAAGCGAUUCAGAUCCACAGUAUAUAAAGAUGACGUGUUGAUUACAGAUGUUAAAAGGAUUUAUCGAUGAAUACAUUUAAGAAAGUGGCUGCUGACUGUAGACUCAAGCCAAAGAUGGAAAAUCCUCCUGUAGUUACUGUUUGACACAUUUAGCUUUAGUCAGACUGAACUUUCACAUUCUUUUAUUACAACCUCGGUGUAUCAUUAAGAAAAAAAGAUCAACACAGAGGUCACUGUAAAGGCACUUCAGAAGUGAGAUAUGUGAGAGUGAGUCUUCCUCAAGCUGUAAAAGUGAUCCGAAAACCCACCUCUAAUCUGUGUAUAUUCCCUAAUCUGAAGCCAAUUAUGAUCAUAAUCAAAGGUUGUCCCCAUUAAUGAGACUUUCAGCAGCUUUAAUUUAUUACCUGAAUGACACACGUCUCUGUAUCAUCUAUCAUUUAUUUCCGAACGGCGAACCGGCUCUUGAAAAGUGGGUGCCUUGUAGAUAGUGAAGGACAAACCAGAAUGUAUACUUGCCUUAAAAUUCCACUCUAUCAAAAAGUGUGUUUCCCUCGUGAUUACUGUUUAUAGGAAUCAUUCACGAUGAGUGAGCACCGGCACGUUCCCAGUCUUCAGUGAGACUCACUGAACGGUUCAGAGAGGCUGUGGAAUAAUCUGUGUACGAACGAACUCGCGCACCGUUUCAUCGUGUUCAAUAAAAUCACAUCAGAUAAA